AUGACAUCUACAUCUGGUAGCAUGACUUCCACAUCUCACAAAACGACAUCCGAAUCUCGUAGCGAAGCAAAUUCUUCUCCUAAAGAGAGGUUUGUAUUUGAUUGCGACCAUUUACUUCAGUUUUGUAAUAAAUUCAAUAGAACACCUGUAGAAGAACAGAGUGAAUCAGUUUUAGAAGUCAAGCUCAAAGAUUUAGAAUCGAGAUGGGCUAAAGUGGAUUCUUCGUAUGAAAGAGUUAUGUUAGCUCAUGAUGAUGUAGCCAAACCCGAAUUUAAGGAUGCAUCCAAAAAAAAUUUCGAUGCGUGUGUAGAUGCAUAUUACCUUUGUAUUUCUCAAAUCCUCGACUUAAUGAAGGCAGUCCAUAGUGAUACUUCUAAUGUUCCAGGAUUUGAAGCAACAGCCCGUUACUCACUACCACAACAAGCUCUAACACAAAAUUUUGUCUCCGGUAAUGCCAGUAAUUGUAUCAAACUCCCUCCAUGUGAUACAGAGGUAUUCAAAGGCAGUUAUGAACAAUGGCCCUCAUUUAGAGACAUGUUUACUGCCGUUUACAUAAACCACUCAAAACUUUCUCCCGUCACAAAAUUAUAUCACCUCCGAAACAAAACAAGAGGUGAAGCAGGAGACAUUGUGAAACGGUACCCAUUAGCUCAUGAAAAUUUUGAUCUCGCUUGGAAUGCACUGAAAUCUCGUUAUGAAAAUAAACGAGUUCUGGUUGACAACCAAAUUAAAAUUCUCUUCAAUAUACCUCCAGCUAUUCAUGAAGAUAGCGAAUCAAUUAGAAGAAUACAAUCUUCGGUUAGUGACUCCCUCGCAACUCUUAAAACUCUCGGUGUAGCAGUAGAGAGCUGGGACCCUAUUCUAAUCCGCUUAAUUUCAACAAAACUGCCAGAUUUCACUCUUUCUCUUUGGGAACAAUCGUUAAGUUCUCCCCGUGAACUCCCAAAGUGGUCUCAAAUGUCUCAAUUUCUCAUUGAUAGAUAUGAGGCAGUAGAACGUCUGACAAGUAUUAGAACUUCUAAGGACUGCUUUAGUAUUACAAAUGGUUCCCAAAAUAACAUUCAGACUUAUACCUCUCAAGAACAUCUUAGCGAAAUUCUUUGUAAGCUCUGCGAUGAAAAUCAUUCCUUAAGAACUUGUCCCAAAUUUAGAACCUUUACGGUUCAACAAAGAGUUGAUUAUGUCUUCAAAAACAAGUUUUGCAAUAAUUGCUUAGCCUCGUCUCAUUUAAAAGCAAAUUGUAAAAGCAAACAUACUUGUCUCUAUUGUAAGAAAACACACCACACUUUGUUACAUAUGACAAAAAGAUCUCAAAAUUUAACCCCAAAAACCGAAAGUUAUCAACAAAAAGACAGCUCGUUGAAUAAAAAUAACAAUGCUCAAAGUACCUCCUCUAACACUACUCAAAUUAUGCAACAGAAUACGCAAAUUGAGCUCCCUCACACAUCUACUCAAAUUCAAGCUAAUUGCUCUACUAGUAAUGAAAAUAUUCUUUUACGUACUGCAUUAAUGCAGAUAGAAUUCCGAGGUGAGCUCUUUACAAUAAGAGCCUUAAUCGAUCCCGGCUCUCAACGAACAUUUUUAACCGAAAGGAUAAGAAGUCGGCUUCAACUUCCAUUUAAGAAAUCGCACUUUGAAAUUGUUGGUAUUGGCGGACAAAAACAAGCUGCUAGCAAAGAGUGCGAGUUGGUAUUAUAUGCUAAAAGAUACAACUUGAAAAUCCCCAUUAAGGCAAUUGUGUUACCUAAAGUAACAAAACAUCUCCCAUCAUGUACGUUUGAAGCCCCUAAAUCACCCGAACUAAAAGAGUUAGAUUUAGCAGAUCCAACUUUUAACAAAUCAUCCCAAAUCGAUCUCAUUCUGGGCAAUGAUUAUGAACGUUUUAUAAAUAUUGAGGGCAUGAAGAAAAAUAUUUGUGGCCAAACCUCGGCCUAUAACACAGUUUUUGGGUGGGUACUUAGUGGUCCCAUGAAAACAGAAACUAUUCAAGCUUUUUCAACCUCAGUCUUCACUUCUGAGACUUCAGAACUCAACUCUAUCCUAAAAAAGUUUUGGGAGCAAGAAGAAAUUCCCUCAGCUAAUCCAAUCUCAGAGGAAGAUGAAAUCUGUGAGAAACUCUAUUGCGAAACAACAACACGAAACGAAAACGGCAGAUAUGUAGUUAGGUUGCCUUUUAAGAAAGAAUAUCCCGAAAAGCUCUUUCUUGGUUCUUCACGGUUUGUAGCAUUAGCCCAAUAUUCCAGAAUGGAAAAAACUCUUUCAAAAGAUCCCGAGCUACAAAUCCAAUAUAAGGCGGUCUUAAGCGAAUAUCUGACUCUUGAUCACAUGGAGGAAACUUCAUCUCAAGAAAUCAUUUCACAAAGUAAAUACAGCUCAUUCUAUCUACCUCAUCAUGCGAUUGUUCGCCCAGAACACAAAACCACAAAAGUGAGAGUUGUAUUUAAUGCCUCGAGAAAAACAAAAUCUCAGUGCUCUCUCAAUGAUGUACUUUACACAGGUCCCAUAUUACAAAAUUCUUUAAUUACUAUAAUUCUGAAUUGGAGAAAAUAUAAAUACGUAUUCAAUGGUGAUAUACAAAAGAUGUAUCGCCAGAUUCUAAUACAUCCCGAUGAUAGACCCUUUCAGAAAAUUAUUUUCCAACCACAACAAGACGGUCCCAUUAAAGAUUUUCAGUUAAAAACUGUUACUUUCGGAGUAAAUUGCGCCCCUUAUCUCGCAAUUCGCACGCUUAAUCAGCUAGCAUCCGAUUCUGAAUCCCAAUAUCCGAAAGCAUCAUCUAUUUUGCGAUCAGAAACAUACGUUGAUGAUAUUCUCUCCGGAGGUUUCUCUAUAGAGGAGACUCUAUCGGCUCAAACUGAACUCAUUAACGCAUUAAAAUCAGCUGGAUUACCCUUAAAGAAAAUCACUGCUAAUGAUUCUCAAUUACUCACUCAUUUACCAAAAGAAGAUCUAUAUGAUUUAGAUUUUCUUCGUUUUCACGAAUCAAGCUCAACCAAAACUCUUGGUAUAAAGUGGAACGCACUUACAGAUACAUUCAGUUAUUCUUUUUCUCCAUUCGAUCAAUCUACAAGCAUCACUAAGCGCCAAAUUUUAUCCUCAGUUGCCAAACUUUUCGAUCCUGCUGGAUGGCUAUCUCCCAUAGUCAUCAGAGCAAAAAUACUAAUGCAACAGCUAUGGUUAGAAGGUUUGGAUUGGGAUGAAGAAGUUUCACCAGAAUCUCUUCAAAAUUGGAACAGCCUCGUUCAAGAUAUUGCAAAGAUAGAAUCAAUCUCCAUUCCUCGUUGGCUACAAUACACGCCAUCAGAUUCAGUUCAAAUACAUGGGUUCUCAGAUGCUUCCAAAGCCGCAUAUUGUGCUACCGUCUACAUUCGCUGUCAGACUGAGACACACAAUACCUUCUCAAACUUAUUAACUGCGAAAAGCAAAGUAUCUCCAAUACAAACUAUUUGUCUCCCACGUUUAGAACUCAACGGUGCAGUUUUAUUGGCAAAUCUAGUGCGCUAUGUUACGUCAUCAUUGAAUUUUAACAAUACAGAAAUAUAUCUCUGGACUGAUUCGUCUAUAGUCCUAGGUUGGCUCUCCAAACCCCCUUCAACAUGGGAAACUUAUGUUGCGAAUCGCAUUUCUCAAAUUCAUAGUCUCGUUCCAAAUGCAACAUGGCGUCAUGUGUCCACCCACGAUAAUCCAGCAGAUCUUGGAACCCGUGGCUCCCAAGAUAUAUCCCAAAAGUACAUUACACAUGGCUUCGAGUGGAAAUUUAUACCACCACACGCUCCCCACAUGGGCGGCUUAUGGGAAGCCGCUGUUAAAAGUUUUAAGUUCCAUCUGAAACGAGUCACUGGAGCCCAAAGGUUCACUUUUGAAGAAUUCUCCACAAUUCUAGCUCGUAUUGAAGGUAUUCUCAACUCUCGCCCAAUAUCUGCAUUAUCAGAGGAUCCUUCAGAUUUAACCGCUUUAACUCCCGGUCAUUUUUUAAGAGGUGCGCCUCUGAUUGCUUUUCCAGAACAAGACAUUCAGAAUAUUUCUCUUAUAAAUAGAUGGGAAAAGCUCAAGGUAAUCCACCAUCAAUUCUCGAUCAGAUGGAAAGAAGACUACUUAAAAUCGUUACACAAACGAUAUAAAUGGAAGAACUCAGUUCCAAAUAUACAAAUCGGAGAUCUUGUAGUUGUGAUGGAUGAUUUGCAACCACCUUACGAAUGGCGAUUAGGUAGGAUUGUAAAGACUUAUCCCGGCUCAGAUGAAAACGUGCGUACCGCUGACGUACGCAUUGCCACAGGAAUCAUUACUAGACCAAUACUCAAGAACCAACCGAAGACUAACCGCGACUCGACCGAGUCCUCGCUUAAGCUCUCGCCUAAGGUCACGCAGAAGCUCGAGUCAAUCUAG